CAUUGCCAGAAUGACAUUUCAGUUUAUAAGACAACUGAACCCUCAUACCUGCUGGGAUAGAUGGUGACUAUUCAAGAAUUGUUAAUUUAUCAGAGUUGAUAAACUCAUAUAGCCUAAUCAUUCUCAAUCUCACUUAGUCACUGUUCUGGGAAACCCCAGGAAUUCAUCAGCUGUUCCAAGCGAAACUGAAACUGCAGAUGAAAUCAGAGACCAUAUACCGAUUUAUACGUGACAGCCUCAUACUAUUCAUGGGAAGUGAUGAUUUAUGUGUUUGACUGUUUCAUUGAUAUAUUUCAUCUUCAUCUACGAAAUCAUUUGAGAAAGCAUGAAACAUAAAGUUGUCCCUAAAGAUAUCGAAAGGGCUGCCUCAGUGACAAUGACAGCCAUCAUAGGCAUCAUCGUAGGAAUAAUAGUGCUGAUAAUUAUCGUGGUCAUCCUCGUCUGUUUCUGCGUGUGUCGUCGUCGACGAGGGUACACGGGCCGCACGCUGUACUCGCCUGCUCCACAAGCGACAACUACAACAACAACAACAUCAUACCCAGCCAAUGCAACGAUAAUGUACCCAGCCCAGCAGCCGAUGCCACAGCAGCCUGUCAACUACCAACACUAUCCAGCUCAGCCACCCCCAGGACAAGCUCCACCCCCGUAUCCUGGGCCACCACAUUCAGGCUACCCUCCUGGACCUGCUCCGUAUCCCAUGGCAACAGCUGACCAGCAGUGGCAACCUCCUCAACAUAAAAUGGACUCUGCCGGAUACACAGGAGGAACGGACCAAUCAUAUUUGCAGAAAGCCUCUGCGCCACCCCCUGAACCAUAUUAGAUGUGAUGCGAAAUGUGAUUGGACAAUGCACAAAGUGCCAAAAGUUCUAAAAGACAGUGAUGGACAUUGGAUUCUACUUGUUGUCAUGGUGACAGUGGGAACAGAACAUGUGUAAUUAAGGCUGGACCUAUUUUUAUUAGUUCCAUCGUCUCUAUUCUCAUUUGACAACUUUUAAAAAGAGCAGAAUAAAUCAGGGUUGAAAAAAACCUCUUGAAGUAAGGUUAAGACAGUAUUAUGAUUAUUAUGUUUUCGUUAUAACUAAUAUAAGAAUAUUUGAUAUAAUGUUAGAUUAUUUGAUAUAAUGUUAGAAUAUUUGAUAUAAUGUUAGAAUAUUUGAUAUAAUGUUAAAAUAUUUGAUAUAAUGUAAUGCAAUUUUGAGAUAUUUUGUUAAUUUUUGCUUAAGGCAGGUUUGUUGGUAAGACAUGAAAAUUGUUUUGCCCUUAUUUACAUGAUGGAGGAGUACGAAUCUCAAGCGGUAGGAUGAUGGAAACCAAUAGUUAGUCAAAAUUGGACUCCUAAUAGUUUUGAGGCCAAGACAGUUUGGUUUGUGGAGGAUUAUUUGUCUUGCCAACAAAUGUGGAUGCUGAGAUGGCGUUAUAAGGGGAACAAUAAUUUCUCUUCCCCGGAAAUCUGUUCACACAUUUCAGUAAUUGAAAAAAAAUGUGUGGGAACUCUUUGAUUACAUCAUCCAACCCACAUUGUGUUUUACAUUUUGAUCAUCUAAAGGGACUACUGUUGAAAAUGUGUUUUUGCAAUUUUAUUUUUAUUCUUCAACCACUGCCUUUUUUGUUAUCUUAGAUCGAUCCCAUAAUCAAGGAGUAAACAAUUUGGCCUUCCCCAAAUUAUUAUCUUGUUUCAUCGGGCUAUACCUUGUUACCAUGGUUACACACAGAGAAUACUUGUUUGAAAAUUGACACAGAACACAAGCACCGCACAGUUCUACAGAUUGGUGGUCUCCACUUCUCCAGCUCGGACUAUAACCAUUGCUACAGUUUACAUUUUGUUUUAUUACCACUGCUGACAUGAUGGAUGUGUGAUUGAUUGGAUACUUGUAAGUGCAUAGGAAUAUUACUGUUAGUGUGCCCGACAGCAUGGCUCCUAGUUUCAUUCUGUUACCAUGGAUACUUCAGUGCCCUACAGCAUGGCUCUCUGUUUCAUUCUAUGUUACCAUGGAUACUUCAGUGCCCGACAUGGCUGUUCCAUUCUGUUUAAUUCAUUUUAUUUUGUUGCCCCAAGUUGGAUUGGCAUCUCUGCAUCUAUGAAUAGGUUCUUUUUUAUAUGUUUUUUUGGACAUGGGUCGUGCAUUUAGGAAAGAUGUUCGCUGUGAAGAGUUGCCUCCCUUAGGCAAAGCUAUUAUCAUCAUUGUGGUCGGAGCGAAUCUCAAGUUGACUGUGAUUAUGUCUUUAGGUUUGUUCGCGCCAUACCUGUGCAUGUGGGUUUCACCAAAGAGGUAAAAUCCUAAGACUUACAUAACUUAGGGCUUUUCUCACAGAUGCCAUGCCAUGGUAUAACUGAUAGCUGUUCAAAACCAAAGGCUAUCUCACUAUAGGCGGAUCCAGAAGGGUGUCCAGGGCGCAACCCCUCCCCCUUUGAAAACCCGAUGUAGUAUGUUGUAGGCAGUAAAAUUAUCUGAGAAGGUUUUGAUAUUUUGUACCCCUCCCUUUUAAAAAUGCUGGAUCCACCCCUGCUCACCCACUGAUAUGUGAAUGUCUACAGGGAGGUCACAUGAUGAAGACUGAAGUAUUUUUAUUCAACCAAAGAUCUAUGUCACAGUUUCCCGGGAGUUUUCCUGAAGUGUUAUAAUAGUUUUUGUGUCAAUUCGUUCAACAAUAUGAACAACCGAAUCACAGUAGGUGUCAAAUGUUUCCCAUCAUGCUUUGUUUCCUUUUUCAUCAAAAUGGUUAUAAAGUUAUGUUUUGUAUAAGUAUCUGUUUCUGUAUUUAUUGGAUGAGAUGUAUAUUGUGUGACAUUGUCAAUAUUUCAUGAGUAUGUAUGCUCCAUAUUCCUCCAUCACUGUGAAUACAUCCGGACGAUAGGCAGUGGAGGGUGAGAUGGGUCUAAGUCUAACUUGUGUAUUACCAUGUAUAACUGGUGUAUAACUCACGUAUAACUCAUGUAUGACUCGUGUAUAGCUCAUGAAGUCAAAUAAGUCCUUAUCCAUGCUUAAAGAUAUGCUGGAUAGUGGUGACAUUUAGUGAGCCAAUGAAAUGAGAUUGUGUAUAACUCAGGAAGUCGAAUGAACAUCUUUGAACUUUGUGCAAGCCCUGCCAUCACCUGACAGUGAAGCAAUGUGCAGGACAGAUGCCACAAGGCUGUAGCGCAUACUACACACCAUCUUCUCGAGGCAAGGGAGUUCACUGACUGUAAAAGUCAAAUUUCCACCCUUGCCGAACUAGGUUGGAAUGAUGGAGUUGGACUCACGAGUCUAUGCAUAGUCCAAUUGAAAUCACUGGAUUGUCUGGUCUAGACUCGAUUAUUUACAGACCACCGUCAUAUAGCUGGAAUAUUGCUGAGUGCGGCGUUAAACAACAAACCAACCAACCAACCAAUUGGCAUCGCAUAACAAAAGUGACAUCCGGUUUGUCAACUGCUGUGAAGAGUUUGGUCAAUUGCAGGAGGUUUAAGACAUGUGUACUGCCAACUCGGAACCAACAGAUAUGAUACAAGUAUUUUCAUGCUUUUAAUCUAGGUGCUCACAUGAUUUGAUCCACUUUUCGCGAAGUAAGACCUGUUUAAUUACAAUAUAUAUGUUGAUUAUCGAUCAGAUCGUCUUGACUCUGCGCUGCCGUGUUGUCUGAAGCUAGUGCAAGCGAUAUGAGACAUGAUCAAUAGGAGGGACAUAUCUCAUAAUAGCCAUUGGUGGCGCUACAAUAGAGCCAGGUGGAAGGCAAGGGUGGAAACUGGACUCUUACAGUCAGUUAACGUUGUAAACAAGUACUCACUGGAACCAGAUUCACCUUUUCAUUAGUUAUAGAUAGCCAGGUACAGCUCAAAAUUGGCGUAUGUAUUCACAGGUGAUGGAUGUAGGAAAUGUAGAGUAUGCAAACCCAUGAAGUUUUCAUGAUGAUUUUUAGAAGAACCUUUAGAACUGACAUGCUGAUAUUACAAGUACCAUACUGACUAUUUACUUUCUUGCUAAGAAGCACACUUGGAAUCUCCCUGGUCACUGGAGUGUUGAUUAGUGAAAGGUUUACCUAAUGAGAUCUACUAUCAAACAUCAGCUGAUUGAUUCUGUGUCUCACGUUACCCCAGUAUGGCUCCAGCUGCUUAAAUACUUAAUUCCAGCUCAAGGCUCGCGCUCUUAGUCCCACUUCAGCCUAAGCAAGGCUCAGGCUCUUAGUCCCACAUCACCCUCAACUAGGCUCACGCUCUUAGUCCCACAAUAGCCCCAACAGACCCACAUCAGCCUCAACAAGGCUCACGCUCUUAGUCCCACAUCACCCUCAACAAGGCUUACGCUCUUAGUCCCACAAUAGCCC